AUGAAGAUUACGAUAAUGAUGAUCUUGGCUCUUGUGGGCUUCGUUUCCGCGUAUCAUCCAUAUCAAAGCGAAAGUGUUAGUGAAUACAAUUUCAAAACCAUUCACGAGAUUCCCGACAAGAAGCUGGAUGACGAGCUGGAAGCCAAAUUAGCCGGUUUAAACAAAAUGCUCCACGACUAUCAGAUAGAGCGGAAGACGGAAGUGAAUGUGAAGUCCGAAGUGCAGGAGAAAGAAGACGUUUCUCAGGAUAAGGCCCACAGCUACGAGUUUGGAUACGGCGUGAAAGAUCCCAAGACCGGUGAUAGCAAAGAUCAGUGGGAAAAACGGGUCGGGGGAAAGGUCAAGGGAGUGUACAAGUUUGCCGAAUCGGAUGGUACGCAGCGGAUUGUGGAGUAUGAGGCGGAUGAUAAGAAAGGAUUCGAAGCGAAGGUGAUAAAUGUGGCUCCCGAAGAAGGCAAGGAAAAAACGAAAGAGGUUGGGAAGGAAGAAGGAGAAGCAGCUAAAAGUUAUAGCUAUCUUAAGAAAUAUUUUCAUUAGGGUAAUAGGCUUAUACUAACUAAAAUCUCGCUCAACUUUUAAAAAGGACCUAAGUAACAUUUAUUCAUGUACUAAUUGGAAUAUUGCAAUCAACAGACCAA